CACUGGGGCUUGUGGAACUGAGACUGAUGUACGGAGGGAGUAAGAUAAGUGUAACAGUUGCGUAACAGUGGAGUAAUACUGUUACGUGAGGUAGGGGGGCAUUUGUUUGGGUGGGUGCUGUUGAACUACAGGUGAUGGACUACCGAUUGGAACUUUUUUUUUUACAGUCAGUCUUUAUUUAAAACACACAUACACACACGUUGGUGCACACGCUGCAUUUAGUUUCAAGUCUGUGUGCACUGUCUGUACUGUAUUUAUGGAUGGGGAAGAGGAAGCAAAGCGGUUUGACUGCCAAAUUUGGUAACUAGACAGGACAUGCCAGUUGCUGUUAUUUUGGAAGGGAGCGCAGGCAGAGCGGUCUGGUGGUGUUGAUGCGCCGCUGGGGGAGGAUUACAUCGUCUGCUCGGUGGAAAGUGAGCGGUUAUAAUGUUGAUUCUCUGCACAUUAUGGCAAAUGGAACAGGCACAGUAAUGCUGAAGUGUGUGGUUGUCGGGGACGGCGCUGUGGGCAAAACUUGCCUGCUGAUGAGCUAUGCCAACGACGCCUUUCCCGAGGAGUACGUACCCACCGUGUUUGAUCAUUAUGCAGUCAGCGUCACAGUUGGAGGAAAGCAAUAUCUUUUAGGACUUUAUGACACAGCGGGACAGGAGGACUAUGACCGCCUGAGGCCUCUCUCCUACCCCAUGACGGACGUGUUCCUUAUCUGCUUCUCGGUGGUGAAUCCGGCCUCGUUCCAGAAUGUCAGGGAGGAGUGGGUGCCAGAGCUGAAGGAGUACGCGCCCAACGUCCCCUUCCUUUUGAUUGGAACUCAGAUUGACCUCCGUGAUGACCCCAAAACAAUAGCAAAACUGAACGAUAUGAAAGAGAAGCCCAUAGGCAUGGAGCAAGGGCAGAAACUGGCCAAGGAGGUUGGAGCCUGCUGCUACAUGGAGUGCUCAGCUUUAACACAGAAAGGCUUGAAGACUGUAUUCGACGAAGCCAUCAUCGCUAUCCUGACCCCAAAGAAGAACGCUCUGAAAAAGAGACUGGGCUCCACAUGCAUAAACUGCUGCUUGAUUACGUGAGGAAUGAAAAGACAAAACACAGACAGACUGAGGAGGGCAUGAGGAGACUGGAUGUGCCAAACAGGGUCAUUGUGGAAGGCCUCCUGUGGUAUCAGUGAAUGGAGCUGCAGGAAUACC